AUGGCUUAUAGAGACUCAUCCUCAAGCUUUAUCCACUUACAAAAGUCACAGCACGCACUUUAUAUUACAGGCUGGGUUCAUGAUGAGCUUCCUGAUGAAGAUAUUGAAGUUCCCGGCGCACAGAUUGGUGAUGAAGAUGAAGAAGAUUCACCACUGAUAAAUCAAAACAUAUUCGGUAUUCUGAGAUCUCAACAGAAGAAUAAAACACCUGUUUGGAAGGAUCUUGAUGUUCACAAGUUUUUGAAUGAUAAUACGAAAGCUAUAGAGGACCAUCAUGAUGAUUCUCUUUUCAAAAAAAUUGAUAAUCUAUAUGAUUUUGAAGAUAUAACACCAAUGAACCAAAAUGAACAAGCAAAGCAAAAUGAAUCUCAUGUCCAACAAGAAUCCAACCGCUCUGCUUCUCUUCCAUCAUUUGAAUUUACAACACCAAUGAAUGUUUCAAAUAUCAAUAAAACUACUCAAAGAAAUCAAAAUUUCCAAACACCGGCUGCUAGAAUACUGAGAUAA